AUGGAGAAAGAGGCGGAAAGCGAGGCACUGUCGAGGGGCAAAGAUGCACUGUACAACAUGAAGAUCAUGUGCUUCUUGGAUGCCCAGCUGGAGAAGCUGGAGGGCUUCAAGGCACCUGCCUCACCACAGAAGGCCAGCUUUGAGAGGGAGAUUGGGAAGGGCAAGCGCCUGUUAUACAAGCAUGCCCACCAUUUUGAUGUCAAGGAUUUCUACAGCACCAGCGUCGCCCGCGAGGCCGUGCAGGAGAUCUGUAUGUGCCUAAAGGACACGCUGAAGGUGUGGGGAAUGCAGGGAAAGGCAAGCUUGGAAGAUAGGGUACCAAUGGGUGACGUGAAAGAAGACCAGGACCAACUGGGCAAGCUCCUGAACUUCGUGCUGAGGGAUGUGCCGUGCAGCAUCGAGCCAAAAUUCGUGAAGCGUUGGGAGGACAUCAAGGCUUGCCACGCAGAAAGCAUGCAGCGGGUCAAGGUCAUCGACGAAUGUGAGCUCGAGAUGGGACAGCAGCUAGGUGAAGGGGGCCAGGGCGCAGUGUAUGCGGCAGUGUGGAACUCAAAAAGUGUGGCCGUGAAGACGCCAGUCUGGAGGGGACCAAUGGCCGGGGGGGGCGAACUGCCAAUCGAGGAUAUUGCUGACUUUUUCAAGGAGAUCAUCUUUCAUGCUGGAAUUAAUGACCAUCCACAAAUUGUCAAGCUCCUGGCCGCCACCUCCUCAGGGGGGAUGGUGCUGGAGAAGGCAAACUGUGACCUGGGCAAGCUGUGCUUUGCUGACAAGGGGCUACCCUGGAGGUCCAAGGUGAGGCUGCUCCGUCAGGGGAGCACAGCCCUGGCAUACUUGCAUUCCAAUGGUCGGGUGCACCAGGACGUCAAGCUGCAGAACUUCCUCAUGUUUGGCACUGACCUUGAGACCUGCACACUCAAGAUCAGUGACUUCGGACUGACAGUCAUGGAGACGGCAUCGAGGAGCAAGACAGUGAGGAUCGGCAGUGGCACGCUGAACUACAUUGCCCCUGAGUUCUACCACGGCAAGCCCACCAGCCGCAAGUCGGAUGUGUAUGGCUUCGGGGUGCUGUGCCAUGAGGUCAUCAGUGGGCAGAAGUCAUACGGUGGGGAGGUAGCCACCCAGUUCACGAUCAUGAGAAAGAAGAUCGAUGGGGAGGCACCGUGCCAGGUCCAGGACAAGGACUGUCCCCCAGCAGCGCGAGAGCUCGUGAACUUGUGCUGCGCCACUGACCCAGAGGCCAGGCCAACAAUGGAGGAGGUCAACAACAGACUGCUGCAGCUGCCCGAUGAUUGGGUGUUUGAGGAGUGCAGUGCUGGCAAGGAAAAUGAGGUGCAAUUGAGGGAGGCAGCUAAAAAUGGACUGAGGGAUGUUGUUCAAAGCUUGCUGAAAAGAGGAGUGCACGUCGACGCCCAAGAUGAGAAUGGCGCCACACCACUGUACUUUGCAGCACGAUUUGGAGAUGUUGAAGUUGCAGAAGUUCUGAUCGAUGCCAAUGCAACGUUGGAUUCGACGACAGUGGGCGGCGCCACGCCUCUCUUCGUUGCAGCACAAAAUGGCGAAGUCGAGGUGGUAAGAUGUCUCCUACAGGGAGGCGCAACUGUGGACAGGCCAAACAAGGAUGGCGCCACUGCCCUAUACAUUGCAGCGCAGAAUAAGCACGUCGAGGUGGUGGAGGCACUCAUUGAAGCGAAGGCGGAUGUCAACCAUGCUUGCACCAUGGAGGAUGGCUCCACUGCCUUGAUGGUCGCGGCUUUCACAGGAAGCAAGCAAAUUGUAAAACUGCUCAAGGAAAAGGGCGCCAGCAUCGACCAUUCGAACAAGUCAGGAAACACUGCCUUGAUGUGGGCGCAGCAGCAAAGGCACGACGAAGUUUCCACAUAUUUGCGUAGGCAGGGCGCUCGCAGCAGUUAG